AUGUAUCACGCACAAGAGUACAGAAAGAAUAUCAGCAGCUUUCACAGGAAGGCUGAAAGAGUCUCUUAUCUCAAUGAGACCCAAAUUCCCCAAAACCACUUAUUGACGAAGAUCAACUUGAGACUCAAGAAGGACCAGCCUUUCAAGCAGUCCUUGAAGAGAACCAGUUUCAAGGUGAUUAACUUUUUGGGCUUGACUGCCCCAGACCCCUCUGAAGAACGCCUCAGAGUUAGAUGUGGAUUCAGACGCCACAUGUUAGAGCUUUUGAAGAAUCCUAAGGAGGAAGCCAUACUACUCAAGGAUAGACUCAAGCUUAAGGCCUUCCAGUUUGCAGAGGUUGAGCCAGCUAAACCUUGCCUUUCAUUCAGAAGCUCUAAGUCAAAGCAGCCCUCCAAGCACUCUUCGAAGAGGCUGUCCAAGGCUUUUUCUUCCCACCAAUCGUCGGUAUUCGAGAGCGCUCCCCACCUGGUUGAGCCUCCAAGUGUGUCAUCCAUGGAGGAUGUUGCACCCGACAUUAUUGGGCCUUGGAUGGCCGUUCAUUCUCUUUUUGAGAGCCUCCCCAAAGAGCCCCGGAAUUUCAAGGAGCUCAGUGACUUCUCUCGCAAGGAGAAAUGCCGUCUCAAACACACGAAGAACUUCUUCACCAACACUCGGUGGAUGGAUUGCAAGCACGCUUUGAGGAACUUCCCCAGUGACCUCGGCCUUUGCAAAAAUGACAAGCUUUCCAACUUUGGGAAUAUGCUUGAGAACCUCGAGAAGAAGAGAAGGUCAAUUGCCAGGUCUAACAACAAGCACUUGGCCAAGCAGGCUGACCAGAUGUUGAAUGAGGUUUACUCCAGAAUUGACGAGGCCAACAACAACCACAAGAACGCCGUUGUUGCAGUUCACCGGGAGCACAAGCACCUUAAGAAGCGGAUGCUCAGGCUGUUGAAGGACUUGCACAAGCUUCUGCUUGAUCAUGCCUCCACACGCGAGAAGAUUUGCCAAAGAUUGGAAAAGAACGGGUCUUUUCCUGGAGCAGACAAGGUCAUUGAACUGGAAUUGAGCAAGUUCCAGGACAUUUCGUUGAGAAUCUACGACCUCAAUAGCUCUGCAGCUUCCCUCCAGAAGAAGACCCUCCAGCAAUUGCAAUCAUUGGACAAGGCCCACGCAAACUUGGCACGUUUUUGCAAGGGCCUCAACGAUCAGCAAUACCAUCUCACGAGAAAGCUUGAGUCUUCCAUGGUUUCCAAGCCCAGACACGCCUACAACUAUCUGCCAUACAAGAAGGCUCUCAAGGACCACCAAGGGCACUAUGACAGGAUGACAAAGUACACCGAGCACCUCAUUGACAGCCUUUUCAAGGAGAUGGUUGGACUCUACCACGAGUUCGCCGAGGCCUGA